AUGGUCGGCAGGGAGGAGAGAUUGGUUGAGGAGGGCGGUGGCCGUGGCAGCGAGGGGCCAGGCGCUGGUGUAGCAGGGGUCGAGACACUGGCAGCGCGGCAGCACUGCGCUCAGAGAAGCGACGUACGCAGCGGCGGCGUGCCGCGCAGCAUGUCACAGCCCGAGACCGCCCGCAGCGGUGGAGAGGGACGCUUGCAGCCAGGCUUGGCCAGUCAGGGGCCCAGUGCAGAGGCGCUCCAAACAAGCGCGGACUUCCGAGUCAAAGUCGCUGCCUGCACCAGCGAGCAGCUGCGGCGGG